UUGUUUACCUCUUCGUGACAUUUGAGAUUUGGCGCCACAGUAAAAUUAAACAAAUUUAGCAGCAGGAUGGAAGAGGCUCAAUAUUCCGAGGAUUUAUUUAGCACGCAAGAUGAAGCAGCGUUUGGAAAUGCAAAUUCUGAGCAAGAUGCACCCACCCACAAGUCGACAGUGGAGAAAGAUGUUCCUGCACAACCUGAAAAAGAUACUGAAAGCGCAGCUGAACAGGAAGCGGGUGCAUCCGCUGAGCAGGAAACUCCAGAUCUUGUAUUUUCGGAGGAUAUCGAUUUCGGUAAAGAAAACAGCGAAAAAGGAGACAAUUCUACAAGCAACGCUGGUGUCACUUCGGACGCUUUCGAAGAACCUAUGGAACCCGAUGUAAAUGUGGAAAACGCCGAUGAAAGAACUGAAACUGAAGAGGUGGUAGAAUCGAGCGUCCCUAACCGAAAUGCAGCUAAUGCUGCAAGCACAAGAGAAUCACCCGAAGAACGUUUGGCACAGUUUCCAUUUGCUCGGAUUAAACAGAUGAUGAAGCUGGACCCGGAAGUAGGAAUAGUGUCGGCCGAGGCGAUAUUCUUGGUUACAAAAGCGGCAGAACUGUUUCUACAAACAUUGGCCAAAGAUACCAGCUUUCAUACGGUUGCCUCAAAGAAGAAGACUAUGAGCAAGCGAGAUGUUGAAACCGCAAUAGACAACGUCGACUCACUAGUGUUUCUUGAAGGAAUGAUGAAUGUGUAGAGUUGCUAAGAAGGAAUGGUGCUAGGUUUAAGAAGUUUGGCGACUAAUAGGAACUAAAACAUAUCAUGCUAUUAUUAGAAACGUGUCUUUUACUUGCAAAAAUAAAGUUAUCCUGUUUAAUUUUGCUGGUUAGAAGUA